AUGAUCCGACGUGGAUGCCAGUCUCCCGCCGAGUCUCUUCGAGCUGUGGGAGGUGGUGUCGGGAGAAAAAGGGAGGCAAAAAGUAAACGUUGUGCCUCUUCAUCUUCUCAUGUCCUUGGCGGUUGCUCUUUUCCAUCUCUUCUUGAGUUUUCCAUUCCUGUUUUUGCAUCGACAAUAGAACCACUGCCUGAAGGAACAUACUCCACGCUCGACGCCACAAUGGCAGCUGUCCAAGAAUUUGCCAUCACUCAAGGCUAUUCAGUAGUCAAAAGACGCACUACCGAGAACAGCAAGAUCGAUGGACAGUGGCACUUGAAAGUAAAGAAUGCAGAACACAACCAUGAGCCCUCGUUUGAUAUGUCUGGACACCCUAGAGUCAGAAGACUUAACCAGAAUCAACAGGCUGCAGUACGACAGAUGUUCGUUGCUGGAGUCCCUCCUCAAAGUACCCUCACAACACUGCGACAAGCUGAUCCUGAUUUAUCUGCCAUUGCACGUAAUAUUUACAAUGAACGAGCAACGGCGCGACGCGAAAGUCUUAGAGGACGUACUCCUAUAGAAGCAAUUCUUGAUGAAUUUAGAGAAGUCAAAUACUAUUACGAUCACCACAGCGACACCGAGAACCAUAUCAUACAACUGUUCUGGGCACAUCCUCUAUCCAUUCGCCUCGCAAAGACAUAUUCAACAGUUAUCCAGAUGGAUUGCACAUACAAGACCAACACGUUUCGUAUGCCAAUGUUACAUGUUGUGGGAAUGACUCCUUUCAACAAUCUGCCGAUCCGAAACCAGUGA